AUGCCUACCAACUUUCAUGUGGGAGGGCGCAGGCUGCUGCUUCUCUCCUGGAGAUCGGCCCUCGCGGGCGCCACCCUCGCCGCCAGCGCGGUGGCUCCACGCGGCGAUGCGGGCGCCCGGGUGCACAUCGCCGUGGACGCCUCUGGCGAUAUUGCUCCACCAGCCGCCGCAGGCAGAAGGCCGCUGAUGAGGAGGGCCGGCCAUGGCCGCGACAACACCACCGCCCCCGCCGGCGCCGACGUCCAGCCGCACGAUGCGUUGUCCGGCCCCAGCCGCGCGCGCGCGGGAGGGCCCCUGGAAGCGGGCAGCGUCGCCGCCGGCAGCCUGGCGGCCGACGUGGCGCAGGCGAGCGGCUGUGGUUAUGAUCAGAUGUCCACGAAUGCGUCGGCGCUGGCAUCGACGUUUUUUCAUGCCUGCACAAUCCACCAAUCCAGCUGGACAUCCUGCUGCUGGGGUGGCAAUGGGCAUGGAGAGACGAAGGUCCCGGAGGACCUGGGGCCCGUGCAGGCGAUCGCCGCAGGUGGCUUCCACACCUGCGCGAUCAGGCAGUCCGACCGCACCGUCCAGUGCUGGGGUGUCGAUUGGCAUGGGCGGACGAGGGUCCCCGGGGACCUGGGGCGCGCGGAGGCGGUCUCCGCAGGUCGCGCCCACACCUGCUCGAUCAGGCAGUCCGACCGCACCGUCCAGUGCUGGGGCGGUGGAGCGGUGGCGCUUGUGCUGUCCAUCGAGAAGCAGAAGCACGAGGUGGGCAUCGAGAAAAAGGCGGCGGAGAAAGCGAGAGAGCAGGCGGCGAAGCGAGAAGCGAAGGUGCAGAAGGAGAAGGAGUUGGUGCAGAAGGAGAAGGAGGCGGCGGAGAAGGCGAGGCUCGCCGCGCAGAAGAAGAAGGACCAGGUGGAGAAAGCGAGAGUGCAGGCGGUGAAGGAGAAAGAACAAGUGCAGAAGGAGAAGGAGAAGGUCCAGGAGGAGAAGGAGGCGGCCGAGGAGGCGAGGCUCGCCGCGCAGAAGAAGAAGGAUCAGGCGGAGAAGGCGAGGCAGCAGGCGGUGAAGGAGAAGGAAGCUGCGGAGAAGGAAAAGCUCGCCGCGCAGCAGAGGAAGAUCCAGGCGGAGAAACAGGAAAGGCAGGCGAAGAAAGAGAGAGAGGAGGCGAGGAGAGGUAAAGCCGUGGCGGUGAUAGAAAAGUCCUGCUCCGCAGAGCUGACGAGGCAGGUCAAGGUCGAGAUCUCAUGCGCAGGGACAGCGGGCAACGCGACGUACGCCGUGCCCGUCCCAGACGGCGUGAUGCUCUUCGGGUCCCCCGUGCAGGCGCACCGCUGCACGAAUCGGGGGGCCUGCAUCGCCGCGGGUGCCCAGAGCCGCCGCUGGGAGGGCAGCGAGAUCGAGAUCGGCGGGGCCGCGUGCCCGCUCGGCACAAGCGCGUCCAAUAUGUCAUCGCCCAUGUGCGGCAAAGGCUAUGACGACCAGAGCCCCGGCUGCAGCCGCUGCAGCGAAGGUUACGGGCGGGCGAGCUCGGACGCCUUCGUCUGCCAGGCGUGCGGCGCGACGGCCUUGCAGCUGGCGGGGUACAUGAUGAUCCCGCUGGCCAUCUACAUCAUAUCGGUUCGCGGGGCCCUGGCCCGGGCCCGGACCCGCAGCGGCAUCUUCAACGACCUGCUCAAGAUAUUCCUCUCCUUCGGCCAAGGGGCGACAGUGGUCAUGAGCGCGGUAGUGACGAGCGACUCCUACCAGGCGCUCCCGGAGCUGCCGCAGAAGUUCUUGAGCUCGGGAGAUUCAUCCGUUGAGAGAGCGGCCCUCUAUCCUAGAGCCUGGACUGCCUCACGAACUCGACGGUGGGAAUCGACAGGUUCCUCUUGCUGGUUCUCCUACCUCCUGCUACCAUUGUGCUGGCGUCGUUCCUCAUCAUUGCCGCUCAGCGGGCACAGCGUGCCUCCCACCGCCCGGCCAAGUUCUACAUCACUCUGGUAUCCCUGGUGGCGGGGAACCAAUUCCUCGCGCAGAUCGUCGGCGCUGCCUUUCGCACGUUGCCCUGCGCUCACACGCAGAAGGCCGAGGGGGCCGAGUCGCGCCAGUUUCUGA